AGAAGGGUCGCAACAGAAGAUAAGGGGGUGAUGAGGAUCUAAGGUGGACGCCAUUUUGGAGACCCUCAGUUUUGACAUGAGAAUUUGUGCGAAAUACGCCAACUUUCGUCAGAAAUGGAUGUCAGAUCAGUUCACGUUCUGUUGGCUGUACUUGUCCUCGUCGGUGGUAUAACCGUGACACAAGCCGCAGAUUUUCCAUUCAGCUUCUUCGUCAGGACUCCCUUUGCAACUUUAGCCUACCCGAAUAAGACAGUGAGCGGGCUGACGGAGUCCGAGUGUGCCGAGGCCUGCCUAUACGAACCUGGCUUCAACUGCCUAUCGGUGGAGUAUCAAUGGCCUAGCAGGGACUGCCUGCUCAGUGUAUCCAGCGCUACCAGCCUCGGAGAUUCACUAACAACUGAUAAAUAUUAUAAUUACUACGAGAAACUUGUUGGUGAAUGCUCGUUUCCGGCCGUUGGGCUUGAGGAUGGCACGGUGUCCCUUGAUGACGUCACCAUGUCGUCAUUCCUGGGUGAUGCGGAAGACGGACCGAUCGGUAUCUCCAAAGCAAAUGUCCGUCUGAACUCUGACGGCGCCUGGUGUUCACAGGAACUGGAAAAUAUCAACUCCAUCUCGGAAUGGGUGCAGGUUGAGUAUAACGAGUACAAGAUUAUCGGUGCUGUGGCUACGCAGGGCUUCCGUCACCCAGACCUGGAUCCGAUCUACGUGACGCAGUAUUACCUCAAAUACACCAAUGCCACCGAUCAACCCUGGAUCGAGUACGAGGAGAGCGGACAGACGAAGAUUUUCGAGGCUAACAUCGACCAAGACAGCGUGGUCAAGAACGAGCUAGCCCACCCUUUCACGGCCAAGUUUGUCCGCUUGUACCCCGUGGCGUGCCGCAAUCACCCAUGCCUUCGGCUAGAGUUCUACGCCUGUAGAGUGGACUGUGAGCCUAAUCCGUGUAAGAACAAUGGUACCUGCGUGGACGACAUCCCUGCUGUGUGGAACGUAACCUGCACGUGCCCGGCGGGAUACGUGGGCGAUUUCUGCCAGGUGAACUUUGACGAGUGCGCGUCCAAUCCAUGCCAGAACGGCGCAACUUGCGUGGAUCAUGUAGAUUACUUCACCUGCGACUGCGCAUCAGGCUGGAACGGCACACUCUGUGAUGUCAACAUUGACGAGUGUCUAUCGAACCCAUGCCAGAAUAACGCCAACUGCACAGACCUAGUGGACGGCUACAACUGCACAUGCCCGUAUGGCUACGAAGGCAUGCACUGUGAGAAUUUCACAGUUGUGUGCGAGGACGGCUUCUUUGAAGGUCUGUUUGCCUGCUAUAGCAUCGUGUCCGACAGUCUGAAUCACACUGACUAUGAGGGCGCUGUUGCAGCCUGCGAUACGCUCAGCGGCCACUUGGCCUACCCUGGGAGUUACGAAGAGCAGAUUGUCAUCAGCGAUGCCUUGAACCAGUUGGGUGUCUCUGGUGUGGUCUUUAUGGGGUUGAAGUACAACGGAUCGGACAUAGCCUAUGAUGAUAACAGCGGGGGGCCGGUGCUUUCCACGUGGAACAUUGACGGCUCUAGCGUAGACUACUGGGCCAGCGGCUACCCCAGCGGCAGUCAGGAAUGUACGGGCAUGGUCAAAGAAGCAAAUGAUUGGAAGUGGAGAAAUCUGGACUGCACAGCUAGCAAGGGAUACAUCUGUGAACAAAACAGAACUGAUGGUGGCCACAGUGAGUGGUCGCGUUGGAGUGCCUGUAGUGUGACCUGUGGUCCGGGUGAAGGGGUGCAGAUACGUACCCGCACCUGCACCAACCCGGCACCCCUACUGGACGGCAACCCAUGCAAUGGAACGACCAAUGAGACGCAAGUAUGUGGCGACAUCUGCCCAAUCGUGGAAUGCCCGGAUGGAUUUGUCACCAACUAUGACACCUGCUACCUCCUCCAAAUCAACCAAUCAGCUUCCUACGACGAGGCGCAAAGAACCUGUCAGAAUCUGACCAUCUACGGAGGUCACAUGAUCCUUGUGAACGACCUGGCCGAAGAGACAUUCAUCAGCAAGAUGCUGUUUGAUCACUACGCCGACACGACCGCGACGUUUCUGACUGGGAAUCGUUUGGACUCCUCAGGCAACACAACGUUUGAUUGGAUCUUUGCUGCUAGUGCCGGACCGCUGAAUCGUAGCUCGUGGGAGAUGGCUGGGGAAUCCCCCUGGGGGGACCAGGGUACCCCUGGGGUGGGGGACAGCGGGUGCAUACAGCUGGCGUUGAAUGGGACCACCUGGCGAUGGGAGUUGGGCGAUUGCUCGGGGAGCUUUGGCUACAUCUGUGAGGUCAAUCUUGCUGGUGGCGUCCUGGGUACCUGGUCGGCCUGGGGAGAGUGUAACUCAACCUGUGGAGCAGGGAACCAGACCAGAGAGCGUUGGUGCGAGGCCCCCGCCCCGAUACUAGGCGGACCUAACUGCACUGGUGCUGUUGAAGACACUAGAGCCUGCUCGUCUAUAUGCCCUAUAGUAACCUGUCCUACUGGCUUUUCGGUCCACAACGACAGCUGCUAUUCCGUCAUCGAUGAUCCUGAUGUCUACCGAUCACGUGAUCAGGCCCAAGCCUACUGCGCCCGCCUUGCCUACCGCGCCCACCUGGCCUACGUCCAAUCAGAAAACGAGCUGGACUUUGUCAGUUUCCGAUUGGACGACUCAGAGGUCACAGACUCUGAGAUGGUCUGGGUCGGACUGGACUACGAAUCCGGAGUGCUGACUUACAACAAUGGGACUGAGAUGGUGGACGAGGGAUUGUGGUCUGGUUCUGGACCCUGGGCUGCAGGCUAUGGAGAGACUAGUGCCUCAUCCUGCGUGGGGCUCGUCUAUGAUAAACCCGAGUGGAGAUGGAGGUUGGCCAAUGCUUCCUGCGAUGACUCCUUGGGAUUUGUCUGUGAAUUAACUCAAGCUCCUGGCAGUUGGGGAUCGUGGGGCUCCUGGGCAGAGUGCAGUGAAUCAUGCGGUAACGGUACGCAGACACGCUACAGACAGUGUGAUGAUCCAGCCCCAGUCCUGGAUGGCGAUGAGUGCCCUGGAAGUAACAGCAGUAUGAGGAACUGCAGCAUCCUCUGUCCUAUCGUGACUUGCCCCAAUGGCUUUGAGGCUUACUACGACAGCUGCUUCAAAACCAUAAGCGGUUCUGGCAACUUGCUGUCAUUUGACACUGCAAAUUCGUCUUGCGUGGACCUCACCUCGGACACCGGCCGCCUGGUUCAUGUCGACGACUACGCGGAACAGGAAUUCCUAAGUUGGGGUCUCAAGAACGACCAGACCAACACGUCGAGCGUGGUUUACGCUGGGAUGAUCUACAACGACCCCAAUGCGGACUUCUAUUCUGCGAGUGGCAGCCCGGAUGAGGCGACCUACCCGGGCAAUUCCAUUUGGGCGCGGGGGUUUCCUGAUUCAGUUGGAGGGGGAGAGUGCAUUGGAAUGGUGUACAAUAAUCCAACAUGGGAAUGGCUACUUGGAAACGUUGACUGUGACAUCGAGCGGUCAUACAUCUGUGAGAUAACACAGGGUGAUGGUAAUUGGGGUUCCUGGGGGGCCUGGAGUGAAUGCACUGAGUCGUGUGGCCAAGGCACCCAGACCCGGCUACGGUACUGCGACGACCCACCGGCCAUACUUGGAGGGAAUGACUGCAUCGGCAGUCACAAUGAUACAAGGGUGUGUGACUUCCCCUGCCCUAUAGUCAAUUGCCCCGAUGACUUUGAGGCUGGCUACGACAGCUGCUACCACAUGCUGACCAACUCCUCUCUCUUUACGGACUACGAGGGCGCUAAUUCAUCCUGCGUGUCCAUGACGAACUACACGGGCCAUCUUCUCCAUGUUGACGCUCAAACCGAGAUGGUCGUCCUGAGCUGGAAAUUGAAGAAUGCCAACACUGACUUGGCCGACGUCUUUUACACAGGCAUGAAGUAUGAGAGCAGUUCCAUAGCUUUUGACGACGGCAUCGGAAGUCCAAAUCUCACGUCCUGGGGUAGCGACGACCCCUGGAAGAAUAACUAUCCAACAAGCUCUGGGGACGAGUGCGUGGUGCUCAUGUAUAACCAUGCAACGUGGGAGUGGAAGUUUGGGAACAAGGACUGCAAUGACUCGUACGGUUACGUCUGCGAGAUCACGCAAACGGAUGGCAACUGGGCGGCCUGGAGUGCAUGGAGUGAAUGUAGCCAGACAUGCGAUGAAGCCCCCAACAUGGGUACGCAGACCCGCAACCGUACCUGCACCGACCCAGCACCGAUCUUAGGUGGGGAUCCCUGCCCGGGAAAUGCUACGGAUAGCCAAUCAUGUGGCAGCCAGUGUCCAGCAGUGCAUGGUAACUUCACAGCAUGGGCGUACGACGAGUGCACCGUGACAUGCUACACAGUCUACAAUGACGAGGAUGAGACGAUUCGCCACGGCGGACUUCAGAACCGCACACGCAACUGCACGAACCCGGCACCGCAAUACGGAGGAGACGACUGCGUAGGCAAUACAACGGAGAUAGUCGGUUGUGGCACGGACGGCAACGCGUGCCUACCAAUCAAUGGUGCAUGGAGUACUUGGAGUAACUUCACUGAUUGCACCACUACCUGUGGGGGCGGUACGCGCAACCGCACGCGACAGUGCGACAACCCCCGGACCCAGAACGGUGGCCAGACAUGCCCAGGAAACGCUACGGACACGGAGACUUGCAACAUCGACCCUUGCCCAGUGGAUGGCAACUUCACCAUGUGGUCAGCAUGGAGCGUGUGUUCAUCCACCUGUGUAGGCGGGACCCAGUACCGUGAGCGUAAUUGCACCGAUCCGGAACCAGCCUAUGGGGGUCUCAACUGCAGCGGGGAAAUCUGGCAGUGGCAGAAUUGUAGCGAGGACACGCCCUGCCCAGUGGAUGGUCAGUACAAUGAGUGGUCGGCUUGGAGUAACUGCACUGUGGAGUGUGAGGGCGUCGGCUCACAGAACCGCACCCGGACCUGUACUGACCCCGCCCCUGCCUACGGAGGCAACGCCUGCCCGGCCGAUCAAGCGAGUAAUGAAACGAGGGUGUGUGGCACCCAGAGAUGUCCAAUUGAUGGAGGCUAUAGCGAUUGGCUCGGCUGGUCUGACUGCACUGCUCGCUGUGGCACGAAUGGAGUCCGCUACAGACAUCGCCCCUGCACAAAUCCCACCCCCCAGUUUGGAGGAAUGGACUGUCCUGGCGAUGCUUACAUCAGGGAGGGAUGCGACUCCAACAUUACCUGCAGAGAUACUUUCAGCAGGGUAGCACUCAACAGACCAGCCUCGCAGAGCUCCGUCCGUGGCAACGCAUCAGCGCAGCUUGCUGUGGAUGGUAACACUAACGGCUCACUGACAGCCGGGUCUUGCGCCCAGACUACCACUGAGGGCAAUUCAUGGUGGCGGGUUGACCUGGGUGGGGUCUACCAAGUCAAGGAGGUCAGAGUUCACGGGAGGUCGGAUGACUGUGUCACAGACAGAUGUGAUCAUGGAGUCCUACCUUUCAUUGUGCGGGUCGGCAUUGUGGAAUCUGUCUCUCAGAACAUGAGGUUUGGGAACUUACAGACAUCAGGCAACAACUCCCUGUUCGUUGUUCAGGGUAGCACCCCUCAGUUUGGCCGCUACGUCGCCGUUCAACGCAGGGAGUCUGCUCUUUCUCUGUGUGAAGUUGAGGUCACUGUAGUCUCCUCCACCUAUCGCAUCAACGGCUCCUCCGGCAGUGGCAGUCUGACCUUUGACCAGGCCAAAGAAGAAUGUAACAAGCGAGGGGCCGAGCUAUCAUCCUACGAAGACCUGUACGAUGCCUGGUCUGUGGACAUGCUGGACGGAUGCAGCCUGGCCUGGCUGGCUGACGGCACGGUGCAAAGCCCCAUCCAGACGGCCAACGGUUCCUGUAGCUUGUCACAGCAGGCCGGGAUAUACAAUGAUGGCUUGAAGGAUAAAAACGAGACUUAUGACGCCUAUUGCACGAGCCGAGGUCCAGAGGGCCAACCCCUUGGUCUCAUCUCAGGUCUGAUCACAGACUCCCAAAUCACCGUCUCCUCUGUCAACCAGACUGGGCAGUGCGGUGGUGAGCACGCCCGCCUCUACCACACAGAUCCGUCGGCUGCCUGGGUACCAGCCAAGCACAGCAGAAAGGAAUGGCUACAGAUAGCGCUGAAGGAGCCGGCGACCGUCAAGGCUAUCGCUACCUCUGGCUUGCCCUGUUGUGAUUCUUGGGUUGCUGGGUACAUCAUCAGGUAUUCAGCGGAUGGGGUGGAAUGGGAGUAUUACAUGCAGAAUGAUACAAUCAAGUACAUGGUAGCCAACUACGACAGUAGCUCAGUGGUGCGCAACACUCUUCCAGAACCCAUACCCAACGUCCGCUACCUACGCAUCGAGCCACGCAACUGGAACAACAGCAUUAGCUUGAGAUUGGAGUUAUUUGGAGACUAUGAACCAGUCAAUGGUGAGUGGUCUUCCUGGGGUUCCUGGGGACCAUGCUCAGUUGCCUGCGAAGACAUCGGUACCUGGCAGCGCAGCCGAUCAUGUGACGCCCCGGCCCAAGGUCGUAAAGGAUUGCGAUGUCGCGAGGACCCAUACCGGGAUCGUAUCGCUGACCCGCUGACCUUCUUCAACAAGACCGGCCAGGCCACACUGACGGGUCGGGACAUGGAGACCGUAACCAACACAACAUCAUCAAAGGAUUGCGCGCUACUGUGUCUGUGGGACCGCCCUAGCUGUCAAUCAUUUGAAUAUGACCCCGUGACCUCUGACUGUAUCCUGAGCAACACGUCGGCGACCGUGGAGAUGGUGGACCUCGACAGUGAUAACACCACAGAUUAUUACGAGCUCGUGUACGCAUCUUGCAAUGUGCACAACAUCGUCCAGCGAGGGCGUGGUUUAACCCCAGAGAGCGGCGUGUAUGACAUCACGUUGGAUGGCGACGCUCUCUCGGUCUACUGUGACAUGGAGCGUGACGGCGGGGGCUGGACGCUCCUCCUUACCUCGGCGACAACCUACGGCUGGGACAAUGAGACGGUGUUGCUAAGGAACGCCAGCCUGCCCAGCGUCGAUGACGAUUACUCCAUUUUGAAAUAUGCCGAUGCCAUCAAGGAUGGAGGAACUGGCAAGACAUUUAAGUAUCGUCUUGAGUCCAUCAAUCCUGGCCAAUGGGGAGGCAUUUACGAAGCCCCUUCCAGUUACUCCUUCGUCUCCUCAUCCUCCUCCCAACGAGCUAGCCUGGUGCAGAUGCUGAGCUCCUGGAAACCCAGCAACGCCUCCUUAAACCACAUCAUGCCCUGGCUGGCCAACAACUACCCGGUCCUACUCAGCGUCCUGAACUCCACGCUGGACGGCGAGGGGGCUUACUGGUAUGGCGCCCUCGUCUGUACGUGCGCGAACCGCACCUGGAUGCCCUACAUGAAGGACAUGGAAUCGUCGUUGUUUGGGCCGUGCCCGGAGGUUACUGCAGAAGCCAGACUGACGACCCAGGGUCUCUUGGUCACGAUGCCUUCCUCUGAGCGGGAAACAACAGCCUCGCUGGUCACAACGCUUUCCUCUGGAGCAACCACCUCGGAUGAAGAACUGGUCACAGAACUGGUAACCGAUAUAGUCACGGAUAUCAUAACCAACACGGAUAUUCCGACAGAAAUUGUUACUGACUUAGUCACGGAGCUCAUGACGGAAACCGGCCAAGCUGUAACUCCUACCACCACCGCAUCAGCAACAACUGCAGGGGUACCAGCUACCACCACACAGGUACCAGCUACCACCACACAGGUACCAGCUACCACAACACAGGUACCAGCUACCACCACAAGGUUACCUGCUACCACAGCAAGGGAAUCAGCUACCACCGGGGCACCAAGCACAACUGACUCCAUGACCACAGCCGACAGCUGUUACUCCGGGCCCAAGACGAUUUGGUACUGGCUACGAGAAGAGAGACAAGAGUAUCAGCCAUCUCUACAGUGGGACCUGAGUGGUCGAUGCUCCUAUGAUGUCGAUCUCCCAGACUGCAGCAGCCCAUGCUUUGACCGUUCCAUCCCAGCCGCCAUCGGCAAUCAACAAGGCAGCUCUCAAUCCCUCCUUGACCUCGUGGAAGCCAGAAACACCUCCCAGUACACAUGCGCCGCGUCCCUGUCGAACAACUACAUCACGUUUGACACCCUCGGCGAAACCUGCCUCGCGGAUCCCUCCCUGUGCACGCAGGGUUUUACGGUGGCGUUAUGGGUACAGCUGAGCCAUUCGGACAACAUCGGGGAACGGUAUCUUCUGUCCACGGGUGUCGCAGGCGCGAGCGACCACGGAGUUUCCAUCAAGACAACAAAAGCAACCCAAGGCAGCGCUCUGGAGUUAUUGGUUAAGAUAGUCGACUCGGAUGUCUGGACUGUCGCAACAAGUUCAUCUGUGCCGGACUUAGAGUGGUUUUAUCUAACGGUGGUGUACAACCCCUCCACAAAUCUCACUCUUUACAUUGAUGGAUACAGUGUAGCCUCCACCAGCGCAUCAGACGGAGUUUACAGUGAGGACCAAUCGGAUGAGAACGGUUACGUUGUACUGGGGGCCCGGGUUCAUGACCUCAGCAAUACCAGUCUGCGUCUGAACGUAGACCUGAGCGACUUGAAAGUAUUCUUCAGUCAGAUGUCGGCCAGAGAGGUGGAACUCUUUUAUCUUGGAGUUGAGCCUGGAUUUGAGGGGGAGUUGUGUGGUGACUGGUACUGCCCAAUCCAUGGGAAUUUCUCAAGCUGGACGGAGAGUGGGCAAUGCAGUGUUGACUGCGGAGUCGACGGGACCAUCAUACGCAAACGCAACUGCACUGACCCUGCCCCGCAGUACGGCGGCAAUGAUUGCGAGGGGAUCACCGAGGAAUGGAUCGGAUGCAGCUCUGUUAAAACCUGCGGAAGUGAUGAAGACAGCGCCCUCGGUGUCCAAGAAGGGAACAUCACGGAUGCCUACCUCUCCGAGUCCAGCUGCAGCAACAACGACACGACCUGCGCGACCGCGGCCCGCUUUGGCAACACGGACAACACCCGCUGCUGGAUACCGGCCAGCAACGAUACCAGUGAAUGGUUGAUGGUGGAGCUUGCAGAUGGCGUCACGCUGCGUGCUGUUGCAACCAUGGGGAGGCUGUCUGACGCCAGCUACGUGACAGAGUAUCUCAUCUCAUACAGCAGCGAUGGAACUUCGUGGGAGCUUUACCAAGAAUCAGGACAAAACAAGGUUUUCCGUGGUAACUAUGACAACCAGAAUCUGGUCCGUCAUCCCGUGUCGAUCAGUAGCAAGGUGUCUUACGUCAAGUUCCAUCCGGUGGCGUGGAAUAUCCAGAUCUGCAUGCGAGUGGAGUUGUAUGGUUUCUACAACCCAAUUGACGGUGAAUGGAGUGCUUGGAAUUCCUGGGGUGAGUGUGACGUCACGUGCGGAGGUGGCACUCAGUACCGCAAUAGGACAUGUGAAGGGACCAAGUACGGCGGCAGUACGUGCUCAGAAUCAGAUCAGGACAGCCAGGAUUGCAACAUCAACCCUUGCCCAAUUGAUGGAAGUUGGGGUUCAUGGACAACCGUCAUCGGUUGCAGCGUUAGCUGUGGAGCCGACGGUAUCUACUACAGGACUCGUGCCUGUGACAGCCCGUCAGCACAGUACGGCGGCGCUAACUGCACUGGUGAUGCUGAAGACUGGGAGGCCUGUACAUUACAGGGGCCAUGCGCAGGAGAUGAAGACACAUCGCUAGGUGUGGCAGACGGUUCCAUAACAGACAGCCAGCUGACUCAGUCCAAUUGCUCCUCCAGUACCGACCAUUGUGCUACCUGGGGUAGACUGGACGACAGUGAUACCAGUCAUUGCUGGAUGCCGAUGGAUUCAGAUCUGGAUCCAUGGAUGCAGGUUAACCUUACAGAUGGUGUCACUCUGAAAGCUGUUGCCACUCAAGGCAGACCCUCUGACACCAACUACGUGACUUCUUACUACCUGCAGCUCAGCGACGAUGGCAGCAGUUGGAGUUACUACGAAGAGGAUGGGAAUGCGAAGCUGUUUCAGGGGAACAUUGAUAACACCGACACUGUCCGUCAUGAGCUGAGCGGCUUAUCUGCAGUCACCCUAGUUCGAUUCCUACCCAAGUCCUCCAAUGGCUCUGUCUGUCUGAGAGUGGAGCUGUAUGGAGCAUUCAACCCAAUUGAUGGCGUUUACGGUGAUUGGUCGGCUUGGAGUACAUGCCCAGUGACCUGCGGAGGCAGCAUCCAAUCACGAUCCAGGACCUGUGAUGACCCUUCGCCCAAGCACGGCGGCGCUAGCUGCUCAGAUGCAUCCACAGACACCCAGGAGUGCAGCACCAACAACUGUCCAAGCGCAGGAUUGUUUUUCAUGAACCUUGAUGCCAGACAGAUUCAGGCUGUCAUCUGUGGGUAG